CGCACCUUGCCGGGGCGCCCCAGCCUCACGGACCGCCUGCCCCUCCCGCCUGCUGCUGCCCCCGCCCUUGGGCUGGGGCCCGCGGCUGUCCCGCCCGGCCUGCGUGGGAGGCAAUGGGUCAGCGCGGAAAAAGUGAAUGAGGGCGGCGGCGCGGGACUCGGCUCCAUGGACCCUGCGCGGGCUGCGGCGUGCAAGCCCCCCAGCGGGAGGAAGAUAAAAGCUCGAGCUCCACCCCCUCCGGGGAAAGCAACACCCCCAAAUGUGCACAGUGAACAGAAAGCGACCCGGGACGUGUCUCCAGGCCCCAGCCCCCUGCUCUCUGGGAAGGACCAGCUCCAGAACAGCAUGGAGGAGGUCACUGUGGUGCUGCCCAGUGGGCUGCAGAAGAGGAGCACGGUCAGUGGCAGCCAAGCAAUGAUGGAUCUGCUGGUUGAACUUUGCCUCCAGAACCACCUGAAUCCAUCCCACCAUGCCCUGGAGAUUUGGUCUUCAGACACCCAACAACCUUUGAGUUUUAAGCCAAAUACUUUAGUUGGAACUCUGGAUGUGCACACCAUAUUUCUAAGAGAAAAAGUUCCUGAAGAGAAAGUGAAGACUGGUCCAUCCAGACUACCUGAGAAAUCUGUGUGUUUGGUAGUGAAUUACCUACGAACUCAAAAAGCCGUGGUGCGAGUGAGCCCUGAAGUUCCACUCCAGAACAUUCUCCCAGCUAUCUGCGCCAAGUGUGGGGUCAGCCCGGAAAAUGUGGUCCUCCUCAGGGACAACAUCGAUGGGGAGGAGCUGGAGCUCUCCAAGUCCCUGAGUGAGCUCGGUAUCAAGGAGCUUUAUGCCUGGGACAACCAGCGAGAAACUUUUAGAAAAUCAUCACUUGGCAAUGAUGAGACAGAGAAAGAGAAGAAAAAAUUUCUGGGAUUUUUUAAAGUUAAUAAAAGAAGAAGUAGUAAGGCAGAACCUCUGGGACUUUCGGGAGUCAUCAGCAAUGAGGAUUCCUCCAGGUCCAUAGGCGGGGGCCUGAACGGCUACCUAACAACGCCAAAUACUCCGUCCUUGAAAUCACGUUCCCUCACACCGGGGCCGUCCCUGUCCUUGAGCAACAUCUCGGGGGUGUCCAUGAAGUCGGACGUGAAGAAGCGCCGUGCACCACCACCUCCCUCGCAGCCCAGCCCAGGGCCACGCGCACAGGAUAGGACACCAGAAAAGGUGUCGUUGGGCUCACAGAUUGAUUUACAGAAAAAAAAGAGGCGGGCACCGGCUCCUCCUUCACCACAGCCUCCACCCCUGACCCCUGUUGUCCCAACACGCAUGGAGGACAAGGAGGAGAAGAGGAAGAGCGCCACGGGUGUUGGACGACUGGUACCACAAAAGCCUCCCAGAGGCACUGCUCGGGGACCUCCCCAAUUAGUGCUCCCCCCACCCCCGCCCUACCCCCCUACUGAGGCUGAGCCGCUGGGUCUUCCAGGGGAAGGAGCUGUUGACGAGGCCUCUGAUCUGAGACUGACACUGAGCCUGCCCCUGCAGCCCGAGAGUCACUGCAGUGCAGAUGGGGUCUCGUCUGUGCCAGCAGAGGCCGAGGAGACCAUGUCUGUUGGCAGCUGCUUCGCAUCAGAAGACACAACAGAGGACUCGGGGGUCAUGAGCUCCCCGUCAGACAUCAUCUCUCUCGACUCACAACGUGACAGCACCAAAUCCAAGGACAAGUGGGCCACAGACCAGGAGGACUACAGUGACCAGGACCUGGCUGCAACUCCAGACUCAGGCCUCCAGAGGAGCCCCUCCUGGGAAGGGAGCGACUCAGGAAACCAGCAUCCCAGAAGUGAAAAAGGCACUAUAGCCUCAAAUGAUUAUGGAGAGCAGUUUUUCAAUGAACAAUUCCAGAAGGCUCUGGCAGAACUUGAUGAGGACCUGGAAGAAAAAAGACAAGAGUAUUAUGAAACAGACAGCAGUUCCCUGACCAACUCUAUAAGUGAUGUGCCUGGCCGAGGUGCUCAGGAGGGUGGAAUACCCAACAGUGACGCAGACGUCAUCCCAGUCACAUUCAUAGGGGAAGUUCUCGAUGACCCUGUGGAGUCAGGGAUGCUCUCCAACAGCAACAACAAUGCUGGUUCCUCUGACGCAGGUGGCAUGUCCAGGAGAGCACCCCGGUCUCCAGACCAGAUGGAGCAGAAUCAACAAGUGCAAGCAGGUAGGAAGAAUGCAGAAGUGCAGGACUCAUCUGCCUCCUCCCACCACUUGGGAAAGGAGAUCAAGCUGCCCUUACCCAGCACCUGUAAAGAUGUGAAGCCAUCCAAAGUGGAGCACACAGCAGUGGCUGCUUCCAUGCUCCACACACACAGUCUGAAGACAAAAGAGCAAGACCAGGAAUCAAACUAUGGGAAGCAGCAGGGCCUGGACAGAGGGACUUCACGGUCCAUACAGGAAAAAGAUGGAGGCAAUGAGAACAGAGCCUCAGCACCACCAGCCUGGUACCAACAGAACCAAAACCCAGGGGGAAGUUAUGGGCUCAAAUAUGGUCUCACAACGUAUAAAAUCAUCCCUCCAAAGUCAGACAUGAAGUGCUACGAUAGAGGAGUAUCCCUUACAACGGGUGCCAUCAAGAUCGAUGAAUUGGGGAACCUGGUGAGUCCCCAUGCCAACAGGGACAAGACCACGGCCCUAGAAUUUCUGACUCUGACAGAAGAAACUCAGCCCGUUGGGAAAGUCAAAGAAUUCUGGAGGUUGAACUCUGUGGAAAAGCACUCAGGUAGGUGCACAGAGAGCGUGGCCAAGAGAAGCCCAGCGACCACCCCAAACAUGGCAGAGAGAACCCCUAGAGCAGAUCCCAUCUCCCCUGACCCCAGAGUGAUGGUGCCUGAGCAGCAGCCUGGCCAGCAGGAAAACGGGAAAGCCGUGGAGGAUAACAGAAGCCAGCCACCUGUGAGAGCCUCUGGCCACGGGAGAGCCCCAGCAGCUAAUGUCUCUGAAUUCUCCUUUUCCAAGCCUCAGAGAAGGACAUCCAGUCAGUAUGUGGCCUCUGCUAUUGCCAAGCGUAUAGGACCGCCCAAAACCCCCACUCAGGUGGUAAGGAAGCAUGAUGAUACCCAGAAGACCUGUGAAGACAGAGCGCCUGAGCUUAUGGGGCAGCCUCCCAAAGUCAAUAACAUUACCACCCCCAGAGCACAUCAGGAGACACUCACACAUGCACAUAAAGAUGACGCAAGGUCACCCCACAACCACCUUCCCAGCACCAAUGGGGAAGAGCUGAUGUUUGGAACGCGUCACAGAGAGCAAUCUAGGAAUCUGCAUGGAAAGCUGCCUACUCAAGACAGUCCCUCUGGCACCCACAGAAGAUCCUUUGUCCAGUCACCCACAUGUUUCCAGAAGGACCAUGUUUCUGUGGGACAGAGCCCCAGUGGAAAGCCCCAUACAAGGACCCAUCAGGUUUCCUCAGAGUCUGAUCUCAAGCACUUGCCAGAUAGUCAGAAUCCUGCACCACCUCCCUCAGAUGACCAGACUCUUGGCAGGGGCCUAAUGAACAACUCCAGACAGAUCCCCAUCUCCAGUGAGCCUCCUCGGUCUCCAGCAGCAUUUAACAUCAAUGGCCUCAGCAGGCAAGAGACCCUCCAACAGGAGAGAAAACCUAGCAUGCCAUGUACAGACAUACAAGAAACUGAUGACGCUUUGACAUCAGGCAUCUUUGGGCCAAAGAAAAAAUUCAAACCUGUUGUCCAGAGGCCGGUCCCCAAAGAUACUUCACUGCACAGCGCCCUGAUGGAAGCCAUCCACUCAGGAGAAGGGAAGGACAGGCUGCGCAAGACUGCAGAGCACGCCUCAGAGGGAAAGCCAAAGAAACCAUUGUACACUGAGUCCAAGAGUGAGCACUCAGCUCUGAUGGCAGCCAUCCGAGGCCACAGGGGCUCCUGCAGCCUACGCAAGGUGUCGUCUUCUGCCUCUGAGGAGCUCCAGAGCCUCCGUGAUGCCUCCCUGUCCACAGCAGGGGCAGAAGCUCAUGGACAGGAAGAUCUUGGCGUCCACCUCCACCACCCGCCACCACCUCCACUCCCUCCAGCCCCCCGGGCUCCCUCAGGGCCCCUCAACAACCCCGCAGAUGCCCGGCAGGCCUUGCUGGAUGCCAUCCGUUCAGGCACCGGAGCUGCAAGACUGAGAAAGGUGCCUUUGCUGGUGUGAUUCGUCCAGAAGAUCAGCUGUCAUGUUGGUGGUAUAGCGGUGAGCAUAGCUGCCUUCCAGAAGAUCAGAUGUGGCAGAAAUCCACCAUCACUGCUCAAGGACACUAUAUUCAAGAGUCAUAAAGAUUUUGUGUGCUCUCUUGUCUAUAGGCCAAAACUCGAGGUGUUGAUUAUCAGUCCUAUAUCAUUUAAAGGUGGGGAAGUCUAUGUUCCUCCACUCUGCAGUUUGUGUGCCAAGCAAAUGCAUUUUUGCCUCUGAAUAUUUUAAGUUGCCAAUAACCAAUUCUUGUUGGCAGGUUAACGGUAUAUAAAUGCUGGUACCCAACACUACUAUUUAAUUAUAUUAAUGGGUAAUGUGGAAAAAGUCAUGCCUUAUACCAGUAUGGGACCUUUAAGACUUUGACCACAUAUGAAUGAUCAAAAUCAUCUAGUUAUGUAAAAUCUUAAAUUCUAGGGGAAAUGCAUCAAUCAAUGGAAAUAAUCAGACUGUAUCAUCAUGCUGCAUGGUACUACAUUAUAUUUAUACUUGUAUUUAUAUACAUAUAUAUCUUGAUAGUAAGAAAAAAGGGGAGGCAUUUUCAAAGGCAAUUUUGUUGACAGAAAAUAUUGGAUUGUUUAUCCCUCAAAAAUGUGGUGUUAAAGCUUCACAGAGGGUCACUGAUCAUAAUCUGAUGAACUGCAUUUUUUAAAUCAACUAUGUUCAUCCAAAUAAAAACUCACAUGACAUAUGGACAGGGACAUUUUUUAAAAUUCUCUAAAUACUGUGAUGACCAAUAUCAGAAUGACAUUGGAAUCCAUGUCACUGCCCUCCAAACUCAACAGCUCUUCCCAGCGGGCUGUGAAGUAGAGCAAGUUUCUCUGAGGAAAGCCACAUAUGGAGCCCUUGACUUCCCUAGGAGCCUUGAGAGUCAUGUCUGGCCAGAAGGGGAAUGGGGAGCAGGGUAGGGCAGGAGUCUGUGUCACCAAGAUUGGAUCAAACUAUGCUAAUAAUAUUUCACAACUGGGUUUCAUUCUUUAUGCUUUUGCCCAACAGAUGCUUUUACCCACAAAGUCCCCUGUGUCCUAUGGUAGAUCUCUCACAACAUUCAGCCGCUAGUAUUUAUAAUAAUGUUUAACUAAAGAAUAAUUUGUCACAUCUAGACUUAAAACAUUUUAUUAUACUGAAAUAAGAGCUCUUUAGGAGAUUAAUAAAAAUCAAGAAGCAUUCAUGAAAUCAAGUUUCAAUCUUAAGAAAACAACAAACUUGGUGAGAUCACAUUACUGUUUCAAAACUAUUUCUGAUCAAAUAGAAUGGAAAUUUGGCUCUAUGUUGUCUGAUUAAAGACACUACCUUUCUCAAAAUGGCAGGAGCAUCUAGCCAGUAGCUCCAAGUCUCACUGUAUCUACUGUUUGUCUUUAGUGCCACAAAUAAAGGAAA